AUAAAUGUAAGCAGAAGAUUAUCCUGUCUGUGGUGGUAAUUAAUUAAAUCUGUAAAUUUCGUUUAAUUUAUUGUAUUUGUGAACAAAAUUGUGAAUUAUCUAGGUCUAAUUUUAAGAACUUUUUCCCCAUUUAAUAUUAGCCCCUUAGCCACCAUGGGUACAUUGCUCCGUAUCCUUUUUACCCUUAUAGUGAUUAACCAAUUAAUAUUGCACAUCACAGCAUUACGAAGUUCUCGCGGAGGUACUAAAUACAUAUACGACAAAUCAACCAAGGGAAACGAUCCGAAGACAUAUGUUGGUGCAUCUUCUGGAUUACCAUCUCAAAGCACUGCCAAAAAAGGACUAGGCAUAUCUGCUUGGGGUAUUGUAGGUGUAGCUAUCACCAUCAUCCUUGCGGGAACUGGUUUCUAUUAUUUCACUAUGUGCUAUCCUAUUUUAUGUAAGAAGCAGAGAAAGUAUGAUAUGAUAGGACUGCCCAGUGUGGCAUAAAAGUAGAUCAAGAAAAUUGAGUAUCUCAUACAUAUCUUACUAUUUUGUAAUUGGGCAAUUCCAUCUAUUUAUUUCUUAAAAUAUUCUCAGCUCUUUUUUGAUGUAAAAUGAAUUCAUUCAAACAAUAGUAUUGUAAAACUAAAGACUAGAUAUUUUAAUGUUUGUAAUGUGAAAUGUAUGCCUUUGUAUAGUAUGUACUUUGAAAUAUGAAAAAGAGUGUUAAUCCAAUUUAUGAUAUUUAAUAGUUCAUAAAGUAAAGGAAUCCUUAUUAUUUUUGUAAAUAAUGCUGUUUCAUGGCUAAAUGAACUAUAAAUAACAUAACACAAAAAAGGUUAUAUGCAUUCCAAAAAAUAUUAAUUUUCCAUAUUGGAGUACAAUAUAUGGUGUGUUGAAUGUUAUGCCACUUGUAUGAAUAUUUGUAUGUAUGUAUUAUGAACAUUCACAAGAAAUAUAAGACUGCUUUGGACCAAUGCUGAUGAAGCUCAAUAUUUUUGAACUGCUUAUAGCUCUUAUUGAGGUAUGCCUUACCACAAGUGAUAAGCGCUGACCUUGAACAAAGUUUAGGUUGAUUUUACAAAAAGUUGCAAAUGGUGCUGUGUGACGCACAGAUUAGUUUUAUAAUUUUGGUCAGUGUUCAUUGCGUGUGGUUCAGCCUCUAGUUAAAUAUUUUGCAUAUCAUAGAUGUAAGUAGUUUUGUAAGGAUUUUGUAAUAUCACUUAUCUAAUAAUUUUGUUGAACUCAACAAGUUUUCAUUAGAGACAAAAAUUUACUAUCUUAUAUGAUAUUAAUUAACAGAUAAAUAUUCCAUAAAAUUAAUGUGCGUUGUGAUACACUAUCAAAGAUAUGACUGAGUGUUGUGAUAAAUUUAAAAUUUUCUUUAAAUCUUUAGAUGUGGAGUAUGAAAGUUUGAACAUCAUUUAUAUGGUUAGGACUUACUCUGUAUUGUGAGCUAAGCAAAAAUUAUGAAUGUUGCUUAAUAUAAUUAAAAUUCAAUAUAACCUUAAUAGUGCCAUGGAAAUUAUAAUAUGUGGUAAGCAACCACAAUUACGGUUCUCCAUGUAGCCAAACAGAACAAAUAGAUUAUGUUAUAGGUACCUAUUGAGAACAGUAUUAUAUAAAAGAUAAUGUAAUAGUUAAUAUUUUGGAUUUAACAAUCAGACUUUAGAUUGUAAUUCUGUAUUUUUUUUACAACUUUUGUUGUAUUCUUUAGAUUAAUUAGGCAUAUAUUACUUUACAUGAUAUUAUUGAAAUAAAUAUAUACUAUG